UCUUCCUCUCUCUUUGAAAAAUUUGAAGGUUUGUUUUGACAUGACGUUGAUAGCUGUUGUGUUGUGGGUUUAUCAAGUUUAUAUUCAUGAAAAAUUCCAUGUUUUUAAAUGAAAAAUAAGUAAUUGACUUUCGAACGCCAAAGGUGUACUAGAGUUCACAUUUAUCAGGAAUACCUUCUCUCCAUAAUGGAGUUCCGACCAUCUGGACUUCCGCAGUUCAAUUCCAGUGCAGAUCAAAUGAUGCUGUAUGGUAAUUACAUGAAGAAUGAAGGAGGUGAUGGUGUCAAUUAUGAUCUGUCUUCUGGGAACGAGUUCAUUCCUGUACAGCACUACGACCAGAUGGGAGGAGUGGAAUUUGAACUCUGCACAGAAUACACAGAAUCUCACACUAUAUUGACGGAUAAUUGCUCUCAGCAUGGUGUCACAGCUGUUGCAUUCGACUUGCAUGAAGAACUGUUGUGGAUUGGCAAGGAAAGGGGAUAUGUUGCCUCUUAUUACGGACCAGACAUGCAGAAACACUCUGCCUUUAGAGUUCACAAUUCAGAAGAAGUCCGUUGCAUCAGCAGUGUAGAUUGUGGAAUACUUGCUUUAACCGCUAGUUCAUUGAGAUGUCAGCUUCGCCGAGGACUUCCAAUUUUCACCCAUUCCUCAGACAAUUUAAAUGAAAUGCAAUGUUUUCUACCUUUGAGUCACCAAGCCAGAGACUCCAUCCUCAUGGGUGGUCAUCAACAUAAACUGGUCGAGUUUAAUUUAGCUCGAGGAGAGGAGGUUAAUUUGAUUGAUCUCAAGGAGUCGAGUUGUGCAAUUUUGCGCCAGCAUGGUAAUCGUUACGUUUGUUGCGGGGACCCCUCAGGAAUCAUCCAGUUGCGAGAUCCUUUAAGUUUGAAAGUUGAACACUCCUUGGAAGCUCACACUGGUAGCCUGUCUGAUUUCGAUAUUCAUGGUAACCUCCUCGUUACAUGUGGAUUUUCAAGCAGACAAGGAGGCUUAGUUGUUGAUCGUCUCCUCAUGGUGUUUGACAUUCGAAUGAUGCGAUCUGUCUCUCCAAUCCCAGUUCUUCUUGACCCAUUGCUACUGCGGUUCAUGCCAUCGUUUUCGUCUCGAUUAGCAGUCGUCUCAAGCCUGGGUCAACUUCAACUAGUCGAUACUGUUCCGCUCUCUGAGCCAGAAGUGAGCCUAUUCCAGGUGAACGCGACAGAUUCUCUUUGUCUCUCUUUUGAUGUUUCAACAUCAUGUCAAGUAAUAGCCAUCGGUGAUUCAGCAGCGUCGCUCCAUGUUUUUACAUCAAAACAAACCCCUAUUAUCAACACUUUAUCGAGACCAACAGAAUUCGCUGAUCCUGUUGAGACGUAUCCUCCUAUCAACGUAACAGAUGAACUAGCUGUGCUUGCAGCCAUUCCGUUAGUGUAUCCUGUGCCUGCUCCCUUAGUCUCUGAUUGGCCUUCACAAUUUGUCAAGAAAACUCACAGACAUCAUCCUCCGAUUGAUCCUGAAAUAAUACGCACAAUGAAAAUGCAGGGCACAAUUGGUUAUGCCCCAAACCCUCAUAGCAAGCGACGAAAUCAGGUGCCUUACACACAAGAUUUCAAAAGUGCUCAUAGGAAUGGUAACCCAAUGGAUCAAAAUCCAUCAUUGAAGGAAGGUGAUGCAAAUAGUGCUCCUGUAUUUGUGGCCAUUCCGAAACGAUACCGUAAAUUAGAUAUGAAGUAUUGGAAAUCAGGCCCUGAAGAUUUUGACUUUGAGCAGUUCAACAAAACUCAUUUCAGUGGCUUAGAAGCAACCCUCCCUAAUUCCUAUUGCAAUGCGAUGAUUCAGGUCCUGUACUUUUCAGAGCAACUUCGGCAGAUUGUUUUAUCGCACGUUUGCCAAGCAGAAUUUUGUCUUUGUUGUGAAUUAGGAUUUCUCUUCCACAUGCUCACACUUUCAACAGGAUAUCCUUGUCAUUCUGGCAACUUCCUGCGUGCAUUGAGAAAUGCUCAUGAAGCCUCUGCCUUGAAUUUAAUUCUCCCUGAUCAGAAUAACCUGGAACUAAAGAAAAAAACAAAUUUAGUCACUCUAAUUCAAAAUUGGAAUAGAUUUAUUCUUCAUCAGUUGCAUUUUGAACUUUUGGAGUGGAAAAAGCGGAAAGCUAAAGAAAGUGAGAAACGAGCUGAGUUUGUCUACCGUGAUACUGAUUUUCCUAGUAUAGAUUUACAAAGUCGAAUUGCCAACAAGCGAGUUAAGAACAAAGUGGAUCAACAAGGAGACUCUUUAGAGGCUGUUUCAGUCAAGGAUGAAGAAACGGAAGUGAGUCGGCUGUUUGGAAGCAAGCAACUUCAUGUCCAUCGCUGCUUGAAGUGCCAGCACUCUAUCAGCCGGGAAUCAAACCUGUUGGUUUGCAACCUUAUUUAUCCAGAAAAUGUAGCAGAAAACACUGAGUACACUUUUUGCGAAGUUCUAAAGCAAAGUUUAUGCCCCGAGCAGACCACUCCGGCAUGGUGUGAUCAAUGUGAGCGUUUUCAGCCAACCCUUCAGUCUCGACAGUUAAAAGCUUUACCAACUCUGCUCACAAUUAACUGCAAUAUAGAAAGCUCUGCAGAUAAAGCAUUCUGGCAAAGUCAGAUGGACGUUUUAGUGAAAAAAGCCUUGGACUCUAAUCCUGUCAGUGACAUUGGUCCAAAUUCACUCAAUCCACCUAUUGUUAGCUCCACAAAACCAUGUCGAUAUGGACAAAAUUGCACGAGACCUGGCUGCAGAUUUAAGCACCCGGGUAGAGCAACUGAGACAACCACUACUCAGAAUUCAAGCAAUCCUUACUCGACAAAUUCUUGGCUUCCAUUACAUGUUCAUCUUCAGCUCCUGUCAACUGGGGAAGUUCUCAUCUCAAAACUAGAACGUAGUGAAGUUAACUCUGUAGCCUCUGCUCCGAAGAAGGAUGAUGUAUCAUUAUCAGUAGUCUAUAAUUUAUCAGCCGUUGUAUGUCAUGUUAAUGAUGAAAAAAAGAAUCUAGUUGCAAUUAUCAAUACAGACUAUGAAAAUGAAAAUUGGCAUGUGUUUAAUGAUGUCAGUAUUACCCCUGUCACCGCUCAGGAAGCUGUCUGGUUCAGUUUAGAUUGGAAAAUACCGUGUGUUUUAUACUGGAGUAAACACAAGGUCAAAUCCGAGGAGCCUCCACCUGCGCCUCCUGCAAUAACGUCCCAAGUUUUUUGUGAAGAUGUCUGUUUGGCCCAGAAUAAUCGAAGUGGUAUUACAUUUGUUCCUCUCACUGCUGAAGAAACUCCAAAAUCAGGUGAGAUAGUUGCGAUGGAUGCUGAGUUUGUUACAUUGAAUCAAGAGGAAGCAGAAAUUCGAAGUGACGGAAAAUUGUCAACAGUGAAGCCCUCUCAUAUGUCCGUUGCAAGGGUGUCUGUCAUUAGAGGCCAAGGUGUAUUGGCCGGAACUCCAUUCAUCGAUGACUACAUCUCAACUCAAGAACAAGUCGUUGAUUAUCUAACAAAGUUCUCUGGGAUUCAACCCGGUGAUUUAAAUGCAGCUAGUUCCUCGAAACAUUUAACAACUUUAAAAUCAACUUAUCUCAAAUUGCGUUAUCUUGUUGACAAUGGUGUUAAAUUCGUAGGUCAUGGAUUGAACAAUGAUUUCAGGGUAAUAAAUUUGGUUGUUCCUCCGGAGCAAGUCAUAGAUACUGUAAAUCUAUUCCAUUUACCUCACCAAAGAAUGGUCUCUCUCAGGUUUUUAGCAUGGCAUUUUCUAGGUUUGAAGAUUCAAGCUGAAACUCACGAUUCAAUAGAAGAUGCAAAAGCUGCUUUACAACUUUACCAACUGUAUCUAAAGUUUUCGGAGGAAGGAGUGGUGCAAACACACCUUGAAGAAAUGUAUAAGGAAGGAAAAUCCUGCCAGUGGAAAGUUCCUAAUGUUGAUGAAUGAUGUAUCCAAAGUGUGAAAAGUCUUUAUUUCAUCACAUUUGUGAGUCUCCCGAUGUUUCUCAUCAUGAUUUUCUCGUCAUGCAUUGAUAAGUUGUGAAAAUUUACCCAGUGUCUUCUCAUUUUCUUGUACAUUCCGACCAUUAUUUUAAAAAGUAAAACUAUAUUUUUUAAA